UGCUCCAGCACUCACACUCAGUCCAUUAGUGUGGACAGACAGAGACACUCUGAGUGCAUGCAAGCCUUACACCAGUGCGCCUACACUCCUCAUGUAGACACACUAAGGACUUUUCUUGGAAUAUCCAGUCUGAUGCUGUAGAGAGAAGGUUAAAACUGUGUCAGUGUUAAUUUGUUACGAUUUCAUCAAGAAAGGACAAAAUGAGAGGAUUUGUGUCUUUUUCCAUUCUUUUGGCCCUCCUUGCCUCUUGUUCCAGCAGCAAGUUAAAUGUGCCACGCCUCAGACUCUCCUAUAAAGAGUUGCUGUCCACCAACAGGUCGUCCAUCUUCAGCGGACAUCAUGGACAACUCUCGCUGUCCGCCGUCUAUCUGGAUGAGUACCGUGACCGUCUCUUCCUGGGGGGCAAAGACGUCAUGUACUCUCUCCUGCUGGGACCCAUCAGGAGCGAGUCCAAAGAGAUCUAUUGGCCCCCGUUACCUGGCGACAGAGAAGACUGCAUUCAAAGGGGGAAAGAACCACAGACAGAAUGUGCCAACUUUGUCCGCCUCCUGCAGCCAUACAACCGCACUCACCUCCUGGCCUGUGGCACUGGAGCCUUCCACCCCAUGUGUAGCUUCAUCUACGUGGGACACAGAGGAGAGCAUGUCUUCACCAUGGACCCUAAGAAUGUGGAGAACGGACGAGGGAAGGUCCCUCAUGACCCCAGCCACCCAUUUGCAAGCACCUUCAGCGGAGGGGAGUUAUUUACGGGACUGACGGCAGACUUCUUAGGACGAGACUCUGUGAUCUUCAGAAGCAUGGGAGGUCGCUCCACCAUGAGGACGGAAACGGAUCAUAAAAUCCUCCACGACCCCAAGUUCGUCGCAGCCCACCUCAUCCCGGACAAUGACGACAGAGACAACGACAAAGUGUACUUCUUCUUCACGGAGAAAGCCACGGAUGCGGGCGACAGGGAGGAGACCAUUCACACCCGUGUCGGACGAGUGUGCGCGAAUGACAUAGGAGGACAGAGAGUUCUAGUCAACAAGUGGAGCACCUUCAUCAAAGCCAGACUGGUUUGUUCUGUGCCCGGACCUCAUGGCAUUGAUACACACUUCAACCAACUGGAGGAUGUUUUCUUGCUAAGGACCAAGGAUGAGCGAAACCCAGAUAUUUAUGCAAUCUUUAGCACAAUCAGUAAUGUAUUCCAGGGUUUUGCCGUAUGCGUUUAUCGCAUGGCCGACAUCAGAGAGGCCUUUAAUGGGCCGUUUGCUCAUAAAGAGGGUCCGGACUACCAGUGGGGGGCUUAUGACGGCCGCGUCCCUUACCCAAGACCAGGAGUGUGUCCUAGUAAAAUCACCAACCAGCCCGGCAGAGAGUUCGGCAGCACCAAAGACUUCCCUGACUCCGUGCUCCAGUUUGCUCGCAGCCACCCACUCAUGUGGCGCCCAGUGCACCCCGCCUUACGCCAGCCUGUCCUGGUCAAGGCCAAUGUUCCUUACAAGCUUAAACAAAUCGUGGUGGACCGCGUUGAGGCUGAGGAUGGGCAGUAUGACAUCAUGUUCAUCAGCACGGACAUUGGUAGCGUGUUGAAGGUCAUUGCUUUGCAUAGUGGAAACACCCUGGAAACAGAAGAGGUCACGCUGGAGGAGCUUCAAGUCUUUAAAGUGCCAACAUCAAUUACAUCACUGGACAUAUCCGUCAAAAGACAAGCCCUGUACGUGGGCUCCCCAGCAGGCGUGGCCCAGGUGAAGUUGCAUCGUUGUGAGACUUACGGGAAGGCGUGCGCCGAGUGCUGCCUGGCCAGAGACCCUUACUGUGCCUGGGAUGGCUCGUCCUGUGCUCGAUACGUGCCCAACAGUAAACGCCGCUACCGCCGACAGGACAUCAGGCAUGGGAACCCGGUGCUGCAAUGUCUGGACCAGAAUUUUAGUGAAGACUUGGAGGAGAUAGAGGAGCGGGUGGUCUACGGGGCCGAGAACAACAGCACUUUCCUGGAAUGUGUUCCUCGCUCCCCACAAGCUGCUGUCAUCUGGUUCACCCAACGUGAUGAACGCAAGGAGGAGGUCAAGCUGGACGAUCGGGUCAUGUCUACAGACCAGGGCCUCCUCUUCCGUCAUCUCCUGAACCAAGACGCAGGCAUCUACAUUUGCCGCUCUAGAGAGUACGGCUUCACCCAGACCCUCACCCGGAUCACCCUGGAAGUGCUUCAGGGGGACACCCUAGAUGAGCUGGUGGGACAACGGGAAAACCCCGGCCUCUCAGACCUCUUCAAGGACAGAUCGGGUGCAGCCUAUAGGAGCUGGAUGCCUUGCAACUCGUUCGGCAGGCUUGGCCCCAUCGGCCAGUCACGGAUGUGGUUCAAGGAUAUCAUGCAGAUGAUCGGACCGUCCAACCUUCCCCACGUGGAGGAGUACUGCGAGAGGAUGUGGUGCAAUGAGAAGUUGAGGAGGAAGCACAAGGGCAUGGUGGAGAAGUACCGACAGGCCCAAGAGAGUGCCAGGAAGGCUCGCAGUAAGAGUUCUGGAGAGAGGAACCGCACGCCGAGGGACCUUGGCGGAAGGGUGCAGUGAUGGAGAACACUAAACUAAAAGACUACAGUUGAGAUGGAACCAUAGAACAAGGAGAGCUGGAUUUGUAAGAGGGUAGAUAGUAGCUGCUCUAGGUAUCGCCCUUGAAAAAGGACACAGGGUGUUCAAAGACUUGUUCUUACCUGGCCAUGCAGAUAGGGAAGGGGCAAUCCUUCAUAUACACUUGGACUGAAGACUUAAAAAUGUACCAUACAUCAAAGAAAAACGAUUUGUAAGGUGGUUGAACUGACCUGGUUCACAACUUUGCAUCGUUAUCAAGUCUUACUGUAGGUCCAGGUUAGUUUCACUAUGUAUAUUAUGGGCUGAGCCUUUGUGUUGUUCUGAAAUGGUUCACCAUUGACUUCACUUCACAAAGUUAGAAUAGUUUGUUACCCAAAAACACUCUGAGCUAGCUAAAACUGGAAGUUGUUGACAGUUCAACAGAUUUGUAUUGCUUUGAUUUCACUGCUAAGCACUUUUCAACACAAAGAUCAUAAUCUUUUGUCACUAAUCCUUAAAGAGACAGCGCCUUAUUGUCACCUAGGUUGACUCCUCUUGUUGGUUUUGUUGCGUAAACAAAAAGAUUUAAGUAGUUUCAACACAGAAAGUGUUGAUCUAAUGGAGCCCAUUUGGAAUGCUUGGACUUUGAAACUUAUAACGUUGUCUUUCCAAGGUCACUUCAGUAUGAAAAAGGUUGGAUAGAGUCAAAAUUAAGGAAUUCUGUCAAUUGUGUGGAAUUGAGCAAUUGAAAUGAAAGCAAUUGAAGCAAAAUGGAGUGCUGCACUACUUGGCUACAACCAGCAGAGCACUGUUGAGUCAGUCCUAACUAGUUUGCUGUCCAAACAAGACAGCACAACAUGACAUGGGAAGUUGAGCUAUGUCACAACAUUCUUGCAGUAGAUACAAAUAUUGAAAUUAUGAUAACAGAUUUAUGUUAUGAACAGUGCAUGUUCACUGUAAUAUUCAAUCAAGGACAUUUAAUUCAAAGCCCAUCUCCAGUAAACAUAUGAUCUGAUUAAAAACAGUAAACAUUUAGUUACUGUAUCUUUUUUUUGUGAAUUUUCCAUACAUGUAUGAGAAAAUGUGUUUUGUUUUUACCUAGAAAAGUCAACCAUGCAACCUGUUUUCUUAUUUAUGUAUAUAUUUUUUGUCUCAUGGGAAAGUAGACAUGACAUCAGAACUGUCCACAAUGGUGCCCUCAUUGACAUCUUACGCCAAUACCAGUAUUUUUGGAGGGAAAAAUCAUAUCUGGAAGUCCUCUAUGAAAUAAUAAUAUAAGCACCUCGUCCAGUCUUUCAUUCAUACAAUUAUUUUUUGUUUUUUUUACCGUGGCUAAAGCGAGUUUGACACUGGCAGUGUUUAUUUUUCUUGUCUGCCGCAUGGCGAGGAUGACUAUUAGACUUCCAAUCAAGAUGUUUUCUCUGAAAAUAUUGCUUGUGUAAAAAAGAAAAAAAGGCUGCAUUCACAAGAAGCUGAAAGUGAAAGUGAAAACAUAUAAUAUGUUUUGAAUAGACCACUCCUUGAAACUCUGUCAUAAUUUUGCAGCAAUGGCUAAAUUAUGCAUCAAGUAUGUAGACCACUAUUUCUAGGCUAUGAAGAUGUAUUUUGGUUGCAUGUUUGCAUUCUUUCUCCUUCAAUAAUUGUCAUUUUGCAACUGAAUUUGAGAUUUGUUGUAAAAAAAAUCAAAUCAAAACCACCUUAAAGAAAUUUGCAGGGUGUCAAGUGCAUGCAAAAUGAACAGGUGGUGCCGCAAGGCCAUGUAGCCAAUCAGAUGCCCAAAAAAAGCAAUUUCCGACCCAAGUCAAAUGAUAGUUGAAUAUGAAGUUAUUAAUUAUUUAAAGACAAGUCUAAAAAAUGUGCUUUUACAUCUACGUACACUGAAGGUUGCAUUUUUACAGCCCCAAAACUGACUUUCCACAAUGGACAAAAGGGCAUUUAAUGCAUUCAGCGUUUAUGUGGAACGAUAUCUGUGUUUCUGUGGUGUUGUAUAAAAUGUAAAAUGAUGCUUGCAACAGAGGGAAGACACUACAAAUGUACAUGUAAAUGUGGUUUGGAAUGCAAAACAGCACCUCCAGCCUUCUUAAAUUGUACAUUUCAAAUGACAUAAUACCCAGAUGCUGGGGUACAAUUGGUGAAAAAAAAAGUGUUGUGUGUGAUUGUGAAUGUAGUAUUUUAGCAUUUUUAACUUAAUGCCAUUACAGUGUGUCAAAGACUUUAAGCCAUCAAAUAACUGUUUGAAUUUGAUAGCAUUUUUAUCCUAAUGUCAUUUUUUGACAUAGGAUAAAAAAAAAAUUGUUGGACUGAAACAAUACCUGCAAAAUGUUAUUGUAGUAAACAUAAGCUUGUCAGUGUUGUUAAAUGUUGCUCCAUCAAGCAUGCUGUAUACUUAGUAUGCUAUCUAAAAGCAUUAAACAGUGAUUUUCUGAUAUGUACAUUUGAGUCAACUUUGGAGUAAAAUGAAAAAAAAAAAAAAA